UUGAGGAUACUGAAUUCUUGUGGAAUAGUUGGUCAGCUUAAUUAAGGUCAUCUACUUGGGAAAACUGCUUAGGAAAGAAGUGAAAUCCACGUCACUCCACAGACCUAAGAGGAUGCAAAACCCUUGUGAAACACACUGGUUUUCACCUCCCUUUGUCCUUCCCUGUUUCACUCUCUUCUGUGCUCCCUUCUGUUCAGGGCAUGCUGUUUCAUCCCUUCCUUGCUAAGUCACCAUUAUCAUCUUACUUACACCUCCUGUAGAAAUACUCUUGGGCCAGAACAUUUGCAAGGCGUGAGUUCAUGCUUACAUUCAUACUGAGAAAGAAACUACCAGAUUCUGAACCACUGGGAGUAUGUGUUUUUACUGGCAUUUCUGCUGCUCCCUCAACUCUGCUUGACCUAUUUAUUCAUUCUGAUUAGGCUGCCAAGGCUUGCUGAAAGGAGGCUUGGCAUUUACAUGUCUUUGACAUUCCUUAUGUAGUUUGAGGUGUUACAAAGUCAGCAGCAAGGACAUCUUCCAGAGCUGCUGAGUCUGCGUUCAUUUAUUUAUUCUUGAUGAAUCAAUGUCAUAUCUGAACAGAAGAAAACUUUUUCACACAUCAGGUUACUGGAAAACAGUGGGUUUUGAACAUGUAAACAAACAUUAAGGGGAAAACAAACCAAAUUCAAUAAUCUCUCCUGUCUAAUAAAAGAUCAUGAAGUUCUUCUGCAAAUACCUCACAUUCAUGAUGAAAACAAGGAACAAAUAAAGAACAAUCAUUCGAGCCUGCCAAGGCAAAGCCCAGAUGAUUACUAGAAUGAUUAUGGGGAAAAACUUCCUUUAUGAGCAAAUUCUUAUGAAUUGUCUCCUACAGAGCUUCCUGAGCUUCCUGCAGAACCUGCUGUGGGGACCGCUGAGGGAACAGAAGCAGUGUCAUGAAGAGAAAACAAUGUUCUCCCUCUUAUGAAGACAUGAUGCUGUUAGGGAGACAUAGAAUAGAGUAUUUCAGUUGCAAGGGACCUACAACGAUCAUUGAGUCUGACUGUUUGACUACUUCAGGGCUGACAGCCAGAUAUGCCACUGCAAAACUGAGGCUUAAUUUCUGAGUGAAAACCUCCCAGCAUCUGCAUCAUUUCUCAGAAAACAGGAUCAGAAAAAUUUAGAUUAUGUGCUUAAAUUGUUGCUCACCAGUGCAGGCUUUGGUUGGAGCAUAGCCUUUCAGAACUGCCUGGCCUAACAGAGAUGUGCCACAGGUGCCCUUUUUCACGGUCAGCCUGUUAAAGACAGAUGAUCAGUAAGCGGUUAUUAACAAUUUAUUAAUAACUUACAUUUAUUCUGACAUGGCAGGGGGGUUGGAACUAGAUGAUCUUAAGAUCCUUUCCAACCCUAACUAUUCUAUGAUUCUAUGACAUUGAAUAGCUCCUUUUGUUUAGAUUUUGAGAUCUGAGUCUUAUUUUGUGUUGGCUUUUGACUAAGGAAGAAAAUUGCCCUAUUUAGAGAGGAGGAAAAGGGUCUAACUUCCCUCUUGCAGAGAACACUGAAUCUGUCAUGAGAUGAUUUCACACAGCCUCAAAAACCCACAAGUCACACACUAGUCUUAGAAAUUCAUGUGACAACUAACCAAGACUGCAAGGGACAGAGAAAUAAAAUACCUCUUCGUGUGUCAAUGAAUUAUAUUUUUAUGACUACUGCAAGGUUGAUAACUGCCUUCGGUACAACUGGAUUCAACACCUAUCAUUUAAAACCAGAUUAAUUUAAGAGGAAACAGGCUGGGUUGCAUGAAUUCAUCUUUUAAUCACACAUCAGCUGGAACAUAUGAUGCGAUCUUUAUUUGAGCAAAGGCUUUGGGAGUUUUAUGGGUAAUUUCUUGAGAUUCGCGAGUGCCCGCUGAUACUUUGCAAAGUUUAAGUCGGGGAGGUCACAGCAAGAUGAGGAGCAGAAGGCAAGCAGCAGGGAGGCUCUCAGGUCGAGCCCCGAAAAGCCAUUGUUCGGCUUUAAAAACGACUGAAUUGUCCUGAGCCCGCUGGCGACAGUGCGGUGCAAGCGGGCUUCUGUUCGGGGGCAGCGGCACCCUCAGUCUCACCCUCCCGGCUCUGCCGGAGGCGGCUCGGGGUGGCCGGUGGAGGCGGGGGUCAGCCCGGCCUCCGGUCAGCCGCCGGCACUGAGCCCGGCGAGGGGCGGGGGGGACGGCGGCGACACUCUAGAAAGCUGUGUUCCCUCUGCGAGGGGGGUGCAGUUGCUGCUGCUCCUCAGGCAGCCCUCGCAGGAUGCCGUUCCAGCACGGCUCUGCCCGGACGCGGCAGCGCACCGUCCUGCUGGUGGGGAUCGUGGUGCUGCUGGCCGGCCUCGUCCUCGCCGUCGUGCUGGCCUCCAUCCUGACUCACGGGAAGCCGGAGGGCAGUCCUGAAAUGCUGAAGUGGAAGGACAGAGGGACCACUAAGAAUCUGCAAGAAGUCAUCCUGGGAAGAUGCUACAACUACGUCAUGGCACGGCACUCUGAGCUGGGAGAUAUGGAUUGCCUAAAAAUAUGGGAAUCAUUAAAACAGGCAUUCAUUUACAAGAAUCCCUGUAAUAUUACAUCAGAAGAUUACCAGCCUCUAAUGGAGUUAGCGAGUCACCCUAUACCCUGUAACAAGUCACUGUUUUGGAGCAAGACAAAUGACCUCGUUCAUCGUUACACAAAAUCCAACCAAAAUUUCUUUACUUUGGAGGACACCUUGUUGGGUUAUAUGGCUGAUGGGGUUUCAUGGUGUGGAGACCCCUCUGCCCCAGGAAUCAACUAUGAAUCUUGUCCAAAACGAAGUGAAUGUGAAAGCAACCCUGUCUCUGUGUUCUGGAAAUUGGCAUCCAAGAUGUUUGCAGAAACAGCAUGUGGUGUGGUUCAAGUGAUGCUCAAUGGAUCACUAGAAGCUGGAGCUUUCAAAAGCAGCAGCAUCUUUGGAAGCAUUGAGAUCUUUAACCUAAAUCCAGAUAAAGUCUCUGCAGUACACAUUUGGCUUAUGCAUGACAUUGGCGGACCUCAAAGUGAAUCCUGCUCAGGUUAUUCCAUAAAGAGGUUAAAAAGCAUCUUAGAAGAACGAAACUUUCAGAUCACCUGUGAAGACAAUUACAGGCCAGUUCAGCUCCUUCAGUGUGUGCAUAACCCUGACCACACAGACUGCAGACUUUGCGCCAGCUCCACGGCAGCUCCAUGAGACGGAGUCCUCCAAGUUACUGAACUUGACUGUGUGUAAAGCUGGAAAAGAUGUGGCUAAAUAGCUUAGGGUGAUAAAUAGUAGCAUGGUGUGUACAGAGUCCAUGACCUGAAAACCUUGCUGUGAUACUAACAGCCACAUAGCAGCAGAUGAUACUUUAGGUGUGAUGACUGUACACACAUGCACCCAACACACUAUUUCAGAGAGGCCGGGGGAUGUUCGGUGGGUGAGGGCAGAUGCUUUGCCCUGGUUUGCCCCCUCCUGUACAACUCCACUUGUGCCCAGGGGCUCAGAGUGGGGAUUUCCUGGGGUGUGCACGGAGAAGAAAAAGAAUUUCCAGAGGUAGGACUUGCUGGCAUCAGCACUCAGCUUCCUCCCUGCUGGAAAGCUGGAUGGAAAAUGACCAAAGCGUUCUACAUUCUCUUUGCAUCCCAGUGCAACAUCCCCCAGAGAGGAACAUUGCCCCAUGGCACAUGGUAUAGAUCAUGUUGCUCCCAGAGACUGUGGCACCUCAGAGCAGAUAAAGCAAGCAAUGGGAGAGACAGAGCCUCCUUUUAAUGGGCAUCAUAAGUAAGUGGCUGGUGGGGAAAUGACAGAGCUGAGCCAAGAAAAGACCAGAAACCACUCAGAGGGUUGCCAGGAGCUGUAAGGACAUGUCAAGCAUGUAGCUGGGGAGAGAAAAUAGCAAGACUGACUCAGACAGCCCCAUUAAAAUCCUACUGUAAACACCACUGCAGUUCACAUUACAUUUCAUCCUUAAUAUAGCAGCAAGUGUAAGCCUUCCAGCUUUCGUUGAAGGUCCCUCAGGCCACACGCUGGCCAGCCACUGGAAUAGAGACAAACAUCAAACAGUUGCCACAAUAAGGAGUCUCUCUUGACCUCAGUUUCUGAGGUGAAAGGUGAUGCCUUACAGUGUAUAAUUCAUAGGCGCAGACAUGCUGCAGUACACUGAACCAGCAGGUUUCAUUGAUUUUGUUUGAUUUCUAUACUACUGCUCGCACAUGCAUAGUCAAGUGCAGGUUUAUAACAAAACAAAGAUCUGAGGCCAGCUUGUGGUUAUGGCUGCAGUGCCUUUGUGCAGUGUCAUCGGCACUAACAAUACUGAGCAGGUUUUGCUACAGAUACACUCUCAGGUGUUGCAGCACCAGCAUAACUAGCCAUUGUCAAUUUGGUAGGCAGACCGAGGUUCCCAUGAUCCCAUAGGCAGAAGGUUAUAAUACUCUUUGUUUUAGUGACUACCCAGAGUGUGAAGCAUCCUUACGGAACUACACAAGCCGGUGUAAUUUCUUGCACCUCUAGAGGAGCCCUUUCUCUGUAAUACACAGGCCUGCACUGAGC